GAGAGGUGGUCAAACACAAGAAUGCGCGCCGACAACACGUCCGUGGUCACAUUAAUGCUGGACCCGCCCGGCCCGCCGCGCGCCACCGUGCUGCGCUCGCGCACGCAGAAGCCCGCCGCCCUCCCCGCGCCCGCGCCCGCCCCCGCCGUCGCCCGCCCCGCAGACGACAAGCCCGUGCCGCAGAACGGGCUCACCAUCAUGACGCGCUACUCCGACGCCGAGCGGCCCGCGCCAGACCCCGCGCCCGCGCCGCCCGCCCGCCCGCCCGCGCCCGCCGACGCGCCCGCCACCUACGGCGACCCCGCCGAGUCCCGCUUCGUGGCGCGCGCGCUCGGCCGCAGCCGCGUCGUCAACACGCUCGGCCACGUCUACGACGAGAUCGUGCGCCCGCCCGACCCCGGCCCGCCCGCCACCGCGCUGCCCGACCCCGCGGGCGCUGCGCUCGCGUAA